AUGGCUCCAGUAUACUCUAACUUGACGGUCCAUCUACGACCCGAUCGCUCCAUUACACAGUUCAUGCUCGAAAAUGUGUGCAACACAGAGCCUACUAAAGUCAUCUGCGAGGAUACUUUGACGACCAAGCAGAUCACAUAUGGAGGAAUCCGCAAAGACGCGUUCCUGGUGGCGAACAUGCUUCGGACUGAGUAUGGAAUUUGCGUAGGGGAUGUCGUAUCUAUUGUUUCGAGAAGCUGCGUAGAUUACAUUCUUGCAACCCACGCCGUCUGGGCUGCCGGUGGUACCGUUAGCACGAUCAACCAUUCCAACACGGACGACGAGCUUGCGUUUGCCAUCAAGAUAAUCAAGCCGAAAAUAAUCAUUGCUGAUGCGACUGUCAAGACAAAGUUGGACAAAGCUCUGAAAAUAAUCAAUGGCACGUCUCAAGGGACUUUGGUAAUGACUCUCUUGUCCCGAUGUCAAGGGCAUGCUCUGAAAGACAAGAGCGGCGCUGAUUCUGCGCUGCAGUUCCCGGAUGACCUCCUUCGGAGUAGCGUAAGAGUCAGCCCCGAAGCCUACGUCCUGGACGGACAAGACGCCCAUCAACGAUGCGCAGCGAUCGUGCUCUCCAGUGGCACGACGGGACUUCCAAAAGCCGUCAUGCUCUCGCAUCACAAUCUAAUUGCGAUAUGUGAGAUGUUGCGAUUCCACAACCAGGACAACUGGAGAGGUGAUAUGAGAGAGGUGUUCUUCCCUUAUCGCACAUUUACGGCCUCUAUGCAUGUACUGGACCAAUCUCCCCAGAAGUACAGGAGGCUAACAGUUGCGAUUGUUGGCUUCCAGCUCCUGCACAGCAGAAGAGCCACCUUGGCAAGGCUGGUUCCUACAAUUGCCCUCGCUCUAUCAGAGUCACCCAUCGUGUCCAAGUAUAGAUACCCCGACCUUGAGUACUUCUCAUGUGCUGGGGCAGUACUAAAGCCCAAUGUUGCCUCGAAACUCCGUGAAAAAUUUCCUGGCGUCAGCCUGUGUCAGACUUACGGUUGCACUGAGACGUCCUCGUGUAUCUCUCAAAGCGGAGUCAGUGAUAUAGACGCACCUCUCGUUGCAACAGGCACACUCGUGGCCAACAUGGCGAUCCGAUUCGUGGACGAAAAUCUUGUCGAUGUAUCUCCAGGAGUUCCAGGGGAGAUCUGCGUGUCUUGUCCUACCAUCAUGAUGGGCUACAAAGACAACCCAAGAGCGACCCAGGAGAGUUUUCUCGAGGGUGGAUGGUAUCGCACGGGUGACAUUGGAUACUUGGAUGACAAGGAAUACCUCAUCAUUGUCGACCGAAUCAAAGACGUGAUCAAGUAUAAGGGCUUCCAAGUUUCCCCUACCGAGCUCGAAGAUCUGAUCCUCCCACAUCCCUCCGUGCAAGAUGUCGGGGUCACUUCCACAUGGGACGAGAGCGAAGCAACAGAAAUACCUCGCGCCUUCGUUGUCACACACUCCGACGUUCCAGAGACUGAAUACCCUCGUGUAGCAAGGGAGAUUGAGCACCUGGUGGCAACUCAGGCGGCCGGCUACAAAAGAUUGCGAGGUGGCGUGAAGUUCGUAAAGAGCCUGCCGAGAAACCCCACAGGGAAAUUACUCAGGAGAGAGCUGAGGAAGCAACACAGUGAUCAGAUGAGUGAGAUUGGAAAUACUGGGAUGUUAAAAGCGAAAAUAUAG